CGCCUCGGUCUGUCGCUUUGGCUGGACUCAAUCCCGGUAGCCGAUUGCCGUCUGCCCCGGCGCACGCUCGUUACAAGUUGCCUCCGCUUUCGACGAGAUGCUUGAAGACAAGUACAUCGGUCUGGCCCUGGCCAUGACCUCGAGUUUAGCCAUCGGCACGAGUUUCGUGAUCACCAAGAAAGGUUUAAUGCACGCAGAGGAGCGGCAUGGAUUCGAGGGCGAUGGGUUCGUCUACCUGCGAAGCCCGAUAUGGUGGGCCGGUAUCGUCUGCUUGGUGCUCGGAGAGGUCUUCAACUUUGCGGCAUACGCUUUCGCGCCCGCCAUUCUCGUCACACCACUAGGCGCCUUAUCCGUCCUGAUAGGGGCUGUCCUAGGUGCCUACUUUCUCAAGGAAGAGCUGGGGACUCUGGGCAAGCUGGGGAGCGCAAUCUGUUUGAUCGGUGCGGUGAUCAUCGUCUUACACGCCCCUCCUGACGAGGAGAUUGAGACCGUCGACCAGAUCCUUAACUACGCCAUCCAGCCGGGUUUCCUUUUUUAUUCCCUGGCCGUCUGCAUCUUUGCGGUUGUAAUGAUCUACAAGGUCGCCCCGAUCUACGGGAGAAGGAACCCCCUCAUCUACCUCAGCAUCUGCUCUACUGUCGGUUCGAUUUCGGUCAUGGCUGUCAAGGCAUUUGGCAUCGCGCUGAAGUUGACCUUUGCGGGCCACAACCAGUUCACGCAUCCUUCGACCUAUGUCUUCAUGAUUAUCACUGCGGUCUGCAUCCUGACCCAGAUGAAUUACUUCAACAAAGCGUUGAGCCAGUUUCCUACCAACAUUGUCAACCCGCUCUACUACGUCACCUUCACCACUGCCACGCUGUGCGCCUCCUUCAUUCUUUUCAAGGGCUUCAACACUACCGAAGCAGUCAACACGCUCUCCCUCAUCUGCGGCUUCCUCGUCACAUUCACUGGCGUCUACCUCCUAAAUCUUAGCCGCAGCGAUCCCAACGGCACCAAGAUGCUUGCACGCCGCAGCAACGGCGACAUCACGGGCACCGACAUGAUUUCGAGCAUCCAGACGCGCAUGAGCAUGGAAGCCCGCCGGUCGCACGGCGGCGGCGUCGGCGGAAGCCGGAUGAGCACCGGCAGCAGCCGCGACCGCGACCGCGAGGGUCUCAUCCGCGCCUACGACGAGGAGGAGAGCGCCGGCGGGUUCGGUCUCGGUGACCUCGCCGAGGACACGGACGAGGAAGGGGGCGAUGACCCGCGCUCGCCCAUGAUGCACAACUUUCCCACCCAGAGGGGAAACGGGCACCCGCCAAACGGCGGCACGAGGGCCGGACCGGCGCGCCUCGGGGUGAAGAGCACGAGUGACUCGAUAGAGUUGCAGAAUCGAAAGUCGGGCGAGAGGUGAUGGUGAUGAUGGUUGAUGACGGCGCUUGGAAACCAAAUUUUUCUUCUUCUUCUUCUUCUUCUUCUUCUUCUUCUUCUUGUCUCUUUGGCCGAAUUGAACUUCUUUUCAUCGUUUUGCUUGCUGGCUCCGUUCGGCGGGCCAUCCAUUUUGCCUCGUUUGGAAG